AUGCCGCCGACGAACCCAGAACCGUCUCAUAUGUAUCCUGCUCAUCCACCAAACACACGGAUGCCUUCACACUCUGAGCCUUUCCACGAAUCCCGUCUCGAUCUUCGUCUCAAUCCUCUCUUGGGAAGGCCUAGCAUACAGACUGGCUUGGAAACACUGACAGAAGAUGCCCAUUCAAGGCGCGUACAUGAUAUCCCGGGACAAGUAGUGCGAGGGCAAUCCUUUGAUAUUAAUGCACCCGUCUCUGCUGCUCAUGGCAUUGGUCGAGACACCGUGCCCCUUUCGGGGCACAUUGGGACCCCUGGCGAAAAGAGUGCCAGAAAUGGCUUCCCAUACAUACAGGACAAUGAUGUCGAUCAGGCUGAUCGUCCACGGAAGUUCCAAUGGGUUUCCGAGAAUCCAGCAGAGACACCCAAAGGCUCCCACAAGAAGCGAGAUGCGUUAAUGCAGCGCUUGACCAUAGACGCCGGGGGCUCUUGUAUUUUCUGCUCCAAAAGCAAGAAAGGAUGUGACGCGGAAAUGCCGUGUAAUCGUUGCAAACAGAAAAAUCUUCCUUGCGUCCGCGGCGGCUACUCCUCUUUAUGCAUGGCAUUUACAGUCAAACACGACGACCACUAUGAGCUGCAUCCUGCGAUAUUUGCACAGGCCCAAGACGCAUUGCAGAAUCUAAAGCAAAAUCUACGACCACUUUCUUUUCCGGUUGUGGUUCAUUGGGUUUUUGAUAAUCAACGAUACCGUGAGACAUUAAUCUCAGCUGCUGAUCAACUUGAUUUGCGUCAAGCUGAUACCACACUGGGGAAAUCUUUGAUGGAUCUGCUUGUCUCUCCUCAAUCGGAUCUAUCAGAUGAUCUUUCGAGGGAUGCUCAAAGGGCUUCUAGGUUGCUUGCAGCAAUCAAAGGACUUUCUAUGUCUGAUUGCUUGACAGACCCGGUGAACAUCAGAAACGCCAGAGUGAUUGUGUUUUUCCUGAUGACUAUAUACACAAUAGAGUUGUACGAGGUGUCGCUACGUUUGGCCAAGGGUCUUUAUGACUCCCUCAAGACGAUAUCAUCGACCAGAAAGUCUGAGCGACCUGUCCUCUUAUACAUGAAGGUCAUUGAUGACAUGGUCAACUUGCAGUGGCCGAACUCGUUGAUGUCUGCUAUUUUUGCGCAAGCGCAGCCUCGCCUUCAGGGCUUACAGGACCUUCUACGCCUUUUGUUUUUUGAUGAAAACUUCAAACCAACAUCUCACGCAAAUCAUACUUUCGACUUCGGCCCACCUGAAUUUGAAAUCUUAAUUGGAGUUCGAUCACAAAUUCAGGGGAUAUGUGGCUCGGUAGACUUCGCACAAAUCCGUUAUAUCGUCAGUGACCUCCUCUGCUCAGAAUUCGGUGAGAACAUGGCCCAGACAAUCGAUCCCUCGUUGUUACCACUCGACAUGACUCGGAACGACACAGAUGCAGAUCAUGAUGAUUCGACUACUCUGUGCAGCAGCGAUGACCAAGCUAUAUUUAGCAACCAAGUUGGAAGUGGAAUCACCAAUACAACAUAUCCGCCUCCUGAUGUGCCAGACCUAACCAUAUCUCGUCGGGAGAGCACUGUCGACUUGGGCGUUGAACCAUCUGCUGGCGAAGACUUCGCAUUUAUUGGAGAUCAUCUCAACUAA